UGAAAAGAAAAGGAAAAGAAAGUUGGAGAAAAAAAUGUAUAUAAUACGAAACGUACAACCUGAAAAAAGCCUCAGUAUCUCUGAAAAACUCUUAACUCUCCCGCGCCCCCCUAUCCCCCCCCCUCCUCGUGUCCUGCGAAACCUUCUCACUUCCCAGCCGCAGCUUUCUUCUGUGCCCUCGUCCGCUUCCGCGGCUUGCCUCCGUCCCGGUCGCCCUCGCAGAUUCGAAGCCGCAUUCGGAGGUACCUCGCCCCGCACCUGGGCGCGGAGUUCUCGGAGAAUUCGGCGAGCUUCGCCGCGACGUCGUUGUCCAGGUCCAUCGGCUGGCCGACGAGCUCGAGCAGUUCGUUCUAAGCCGUACGCGCGCGCUGCAGGCUGUGGUGGAGACGCCAGCGCUGAGGGCCGUCGAGGUGCUUGUCGGCGAUGCCCCCGGCGUGGUUCCAUAGGCACUGGGCCACGCCGAGGAGUUCUUCGGGGAUACAACGUUUGCAUCCCCCGUCUUUGAGGAGUAUCAAAAGUGUUUCCAUCUGGAAGCCCGAAAGAGCACCAUAUUACGAAACAGCUGGUAAACCAUCGGAUAUCACUGGUUUCAUAGACCGCUCGUCCCAGCGCAGUCUCCGGUUCUGUGCUCGGAGGAAGUCAAAUUACGGGGCCGUUCUCCGGGGGGCACCGACCCCGCAU